CUGUGGUGUCCGAGAGACCCAACCCCGGAAGGCUGUGGCGUGGGGGCCGCGGCCGCACGGGGAGCGAGGGCGGUUGGUGUCGGCAGCAGCGAAGGGUCGGAGCCGGGGCCGGGCGCCUCCUCCCCGCCGGCCUCCGCAGAUCCCUUUGGCUUUGAAGAGGAGCUGCAGAACGGCCUUGCUGCCUAAGGGAUGGGAUCAGAGAACAGUGCUUUAAAGAGCUAUACGCUGAAAGAGCCACCAUUUACUUUGCCCUCUGGACUUGCUGUUUAUCCUGCUGUGCUGCAAGAUGGCAAAUUUGCUUCAGUUUUUGUAUAUAAAAGAGAAAAUGAAGACAAAGUUAAUAAAGCUGCCAAGCACUUGAAGACACUGCGUCACCCCUGCCUGCUGAGAUUCCUGUCAUGUACUGUGGAAGCAGAUGGCAUUCAUCUGGUCACUGAGAGAGUGCAGCCUCUGGAAGUGGCCUUGGAAAGGCUGUCUUCUGCAGAGAUUUGUUCUGGGAUCUAUGACAUUCUGCUGGCUCUCAUCUUCCUUCAUGACAGAGGACACCUCACACACAACAAUGUCUGCUUAUCAUCUGUGUUUGUGAGUGAAGAUGGGCACUGGAAGCUAGGAGGAAUGGAAACUGUGUGUAAAGUUCCUCAGGCCACUCCCGAGUUUCUGAGGAGUAUUCAGGCAGUCAGAGACCCAGCGUCUAUCCCUCCUGAAGAGAUGUCUCCAGAGUUCAGCUCUCUCCCGGAGUCCCACGGACAUGCCCGGGAUGCCUACUCGUUUGGAACACUGGUGGAAGGCUUGCUCACAGUCUUACGUGGACAGGUUUCAGCGGACGUGCUCUCCAGCUUCCAGCAGACCUUGCUCUCAACUGUGCUGCAUCCCAUCCCUCAGUGCCGGCCGGCGCUCUGCACCUUACUGACCCACGACUUCUUCAGAAAUGAUUUUCUAGAAGUUGUAAAUUUCUUGAAAAGCUUAACAUUGAAGAGUGAAGAGGAGAAAACUGAAUUCUUCAAAUUUCUGCUGGAUAGAGUCAGCUGCUUGUCAGAGGAAUUAAUAGCUUCGAGGUUGGUACCUCUUCUGCUGAAUCAGUUGGUGUUUGCAGAGCCGGUAGCUGUCAAGAGUUUUCUUCCUCAUCUGCUUGGCCCCAAAAAAGAUAAUGCACGGGGAGACACGCCUUGCUUGCUCUCGCCAGCCCUGUUCCAGGCGCGGGUGAUUCCCGUGCUGCUUCAGCUGUUCCAGGUUCAUGAGGAGCACGUGCGGCUGGUGCUGCUGUCUCACAUCGAGGCCUACGUGGAGCACUUCACUCAGGAGCAGCUCAAGAAAGUCGUCCUGCCGCAGGUGUUACUGGGCCUGCGUGACACCAGCGAUUCCAUUGUGUCAAUUACUCUUCAUAGCCUCGCAGUGCUAGUCUCUCUCCUUGGACCAGAAGUGGUUGUGGGAGGAGAAAGAACCAAGAUCUUCAAGCGUACUGCCCCAAGUUUUACUAAAACUGCUGACCUUUCCCCACAAGGGUGGAGUUAUCUACUAUUGACAUUCUGUUUCCUGAAAUAUUCAGAUUCUCCUCUGCAUGUUGGCUGCAGCCAGCACAGUCAGAUCUCGCCAGCCUUGGAGAAACCUUCUAGCAUAUUCCCUAAGUGCUUCCUUUCUGGCAACAUGCCCAUCAUCAGCAAGAAGUCCAUACAGCAAGAUUACUACAGUACUCUUUUACAGACAGGUGAUCAGUUUUCUCAGUCUGUUAAAUUUCCCAUGAACGGAAUCUCAGAUGUCAAAAGUACUUCAGGAGACAGUGAAAAUUUCCCAUCAGACCCUGAGAAGUCUGAGGAGUGGCCUGACUGGAAUGAGCCUACGGAGCCUGAGAACCAAACCAUGGGCACACAGAUCUGGCCUCCAGAACCCUGUGAUGCUGCUGCCGAGGAGCCCAGAAGUGGAGGGGCUGGAAUAAACCUGGGAGUUGGGAUCCCCGCUGCAGUACCUGUGACUUCAGGGGAGCAGACGCCCAUCCCUGCUUCACUGCCCCUCACUGAGGAACCUACACCUUUGAAAUCAAGCCCACCCCAAAAGACCAGUUUAGCACAGAGUGACCCGGACAAAAUCAAGCCACCAAAAGUGCUGUCACAAGAAAGGCCCCUUAAACUUCCAUCAGAACUUGGCUUAGGAGAAGAGUUUACAAUCCAAGUGAAAAGGAAGCCAGCAAAAGACCCUGAGUUGGACUGGUUUGCAGACAUGAUCCCAGAAAUUAAGCCUUCAGCCACGUUUCUUAUUUUACCUGAACUGAGGACAGAAACGGAUGAUGUCUCGCCUGGGAUGCAGUUUUCCUCAAAAUUUGCUGCAGCAGAAAUGAAUGAAGCAGAGGCUGAAGGCUGGGGAGAAGAAGGGGAGCUGAACUGGGAAGAUAAUAACUGGUGACAACAGGUAUGAGCUGAACUUUAGGAGCAAUGAUUCCUUUUAAAAAAAAUCAAUACCUCAAAACCAGGCUGUGUGGACAAAGCCCUUUUGCAGCCUGUGCUUCCUAUGCCGGGAGCUCUCUUCACAGUCUGUGCCAACUGACGUGAGACCAACCUCAAGUGCUGACUAGACGCGCGCAGAGUGGUCGGGAGGCUCAGCACAGGUUCCUGGGAGGAGGAGCCCGUGUGCAUUUGACUGAGGCCAGUUUCCGUGAAGAGCAAGCGGGCGAGGCCAGGCCAAGCGGACUGCCUCUUCCAGGACAGUCCUGGAAGUCAAGACGAUAAAUAUAAAAACCCAAACUGGUUAGCUUAAUUUUGUGCCAUUUCUUGAACAGUGAGAAGAAUAGUCUAUUAUGAAAAUACAACUUAAAAAAAUUUAGCUAUAAAUUAUAAAUGAUUUAAAUUGCUACGGUCUCCUUAGGCAGCUUAUUUAUUUGUUUACAGUAGUCCUGAGUAAAAGGCCCUUUGUGGACCGGGGCAGUCACUGACUGUUCACGUGUAUUACGUUGUACCAAAGUUCUUAAUGAGAAAUAUCCCCCACAAUCCUGUUCUCUACAUGUCAAUAAAGACUAUUUUCACUAGA